AUGUCAUGUCCCAACAAUGUGACUCCUAACUCGUUUUUGAUGGACUCGUUGGCUGGUACCUGCCGGGGAGAGAAUUAUUCCUCCAACCAAGGAAUGUAUAUGCAGUCCGCGAACGACUUCAGCUGUGGAAUGAUGAGGAACUGUGGGAUCAUCCCGGCUCUUUCCAAAAGAGACGAGGUGAACCACGCCGCCGGGCUGUCCCUCAACACCUACCCACCCUACCUUUCUCAGCUAGAUGCUUGGUGUGACCCCAAAAGUACUUACCGAAUCGAGCAACCUGUUGCAAGGCAGCUGCCCUCCUGUUCCUUCCCGACCAGUGUCAAAGAAGAAAAUGCUUGUUGCAUGUACAACGCCGAGAAAAGGGCGAAAAGCGCCCCCGAGGCCACCCUCUACCCCGGGCAGAUGCCUGAAGCUUGCCUCGCUGACCAGGAGGUGCCCCUGCCUAGCUACUACCGCGCCACCCCAGGCUACUCCUCCCUGGAGAAGGCGCCCAGCGGCGGAAGCCCCGGCGCCUUCGAGGCCAGUUUUGAACCCAGGGCGAGUCUCAGCCAGCCGAGCGAGCGUCGGGAGCUGCCCCAGCCAGGAGCAACAGGGAGCUUCCCCGAAAGCGCCAAGCCGGACCCCAACCUGCAGAACAGCCCGGCCGGCGACGUCAAGACCGAGGAGAGUCUCCCCGUGGCCAAACUUAGCCCGUCGGAAACGGAGCAAGGCGGGCAGAAGUGUGCCGAGAGCAGCAGUGACAAUUCUGACCACGAGGCAAAAGAGGAUAUAAAGGCAGAAAACACUACAGGAAAUUGGCUGACAGCAAAGAGCGGAAGAAAGAAAAGAUGUCCUUACACUAAGCAUCAGACGUUGGAACUGGAGAAGGAAUUCUUGUUCAAUAUGUACUUGACCCGUGAGCGCCGCCUGGAGAUUAGCAAGAGUAUUAAUCUAACAGACAGACAAGUCAAAAUCUGGUUUCAGAACCGCAGGAUGAAACUCAAGAAAAUGAACAGAGAGAAUCGAAUUCGCGAACUGACUUCCAAUUUUAAUUUCACUUGA